AAGUGAUACAUGAUUGGCCCUUUCCCCAAUACUAUGGCACCAAUUAAACCUGUGGCUCCUAAUCCUUAGACGAGAACGGUCCACUCUUAUUAUCCCAAAAGUCUGAACUCAGACAGUAACCAUACCAAUAAUCACAAUUUCCCAAACUAUUCACGUUUCCUUUGUCCCCUCCCAACGUUCAUAAAUGAAAACGACCAUCGCACCCUCUUCUCUCACAAGCCUCCCUCACCGAACCAACUUGUCUCUCCGUUCAUCAUCACUUCUCUUUAGGUCUCCAUCAUCUAUGACUACAACGACAACAUCCCGUGGGAACAUGGCCGUGGCGGCUGCUGCUGCUACCUCUACUGAGGCGUUACGUAAAGGAAUAGCUGAGUUCUACAAUGAAACUUCGGGUUUGUGGGAAGAGAUUUGGGGAGAUCAUAUGCAUCAUGGGUUUUAUGAACCUGAUUCUUCUGUUCAACUCUCUGAUUCUGGUCAUAGGGAUGCUCAGAUCCGAAUGAUUGAAGAGUCUCUUCGUUUUGCUGGUGUUACUGAUGAAGAAGAGGAGAAAAAGAUAAAGAAAAUAGUGGAUGUUGGGUGUGGGAUUGGAGGAAGCUCAAGGUACCUUGCAUCUAAAUUCGGAGCCGAAAGCAUUGGCAUUACUCUCAGCCCUGUUCAGGCCAAGAGAGCUAAUGAUCUCGCAGCUGCUCAAUCACUCUCUAAUAAGGUUUCCUUCCAAGUUGCGGAUGCGUUGGAUCAGCCAUUUGAAGAUGGAAAGUUCGAUCUUGUUUGGUCGAUGGAGAGCGGUGAGCAUAUGCCUGAUAAGGCCAAGUUUGUAAAAGAGUUGGUACGAGUGGCUGCUCCAGGAGGAAGGAUAAUAAUAGUGACAUGGUGCCAUAGAAACUUAUCCGCGGGCGAGAAAGCUUUGCAGCCUUGGGAGCAAGAUCUCUUAGACAAAAUCUGCAAAACAUUCUAUCUCCCGGCUUGGUGCUCCACCGAUGAUUAUGUCCACUUGCUUGAAUCCCAUUCACUCCAGGACAUUAAGUGUGCAGAUUGGUCAGAGAAUGUAGCUCCAUUCUGGCCGGCAGUUAUACGGACAGCGUUGACAUGGAAGGGGCUUGUGUCUCUGCUUCGUAGUGGAAUGAAGAGUAUAAAAGGAGCGUUGACAAUGCCAUUGAUGAUCGAAGGUUACAAGAAAGGUGUCAUUAAGUUUGGCAUCAUCACUUGCAAGAAGCCCCUAUAAGCUAAAGAAUACGGCAUCGUUUCAGUGCGUAUCAGUUUAUUGACAUGUACUAGGAAAUUGAAUAAGACUAGAGUCAUCAUAUCUGAAUGCAUGACAUUUAUUUUAGAUUAAGUUAAAUGUGAGACUGCUAGAGGUAUCUCCUCCAAACAAUAGAUGUCUUCAAUAUAUUGUUUGAUAAGUGCACUUAUUUUUUGGUUUUAAAA